CUCUCCAAAGCAGGAUGAUUUUUUUUUUCCCUUUCCUGCCCAUACAUGUGUUUCUGUUUUGUAUUGUAGCAUUUGUUCUGGCGGCUCAUAUUUACAUUUUAAGUGCAUCUGGUGGGUGGGCGCUAAGGGAGGAAAGGGAAAAAAAAAAAUUACCUCCUUUUUUCUGCAACAGGAAACACCACCAAAAAUAUUGCAAAGGCCCCGAGUUGUUGCUUUCUUUAUGCUGCACCCUUCGCCCUAAAAUCAGGCGCCAUGCCCCGGAGGAAAGCGGCGGGGCCGCCCUGGGAAGCGGCCGCGGGCAACGGGGCGGCGGCGGCGGCGGCGGCGGGGCGGCGGCGGCCCGGCGCGGCGGGCGGGAGGCGGCGGGCGCGGCCCGAGCGCGGCGGCGGCGGCGGCGGCGGCGGCGGCGGCAGCAGCGGCGGCAGCAGCGAGGACGAGGCGCCGCGGGAGCGGCGGCGGCGGGACGGGAGCCCCGGCGGGAGGCGGCCCGGCAGGCCCGGCGGGGCGGCGGGCGGAGGGGCCGCCGGGGCCGGGGGCGGCGCGGCCAGAGGACAGAGCGCGGUCAUCUGCGAGCCCGAGCACAGCAAGGAGCGCAUCAAGCUCGAGGGCGCCAAGUGCCGGGGGCAGCUCCUCAUCUUCGGAGCCACCAACUGGGACUUGAUCGGCCGCAAAGAAGUGCCUAAGCAGCAAGUUGCGUAUCGUAAUCUGGGCCAGAACCUGUGGGGGCCGCACAGGUACGGGUGUCUCUCAGGUAUCCAGGUGCGGAGCGUGGUGUCGGGGCCCUGCGCCGCUCACAGCCUGCUCAUCACCGCCGAGGGCAAGCUCUGGAGCUGGGGUCGCAAUGAGAAAGGGCAGCUGGGGCACGGCGACACGAAGCGGGUGGAAGCCCCGAAGCUCAUCGAGGUGCUGGGGGGCGAAGCCAUCGUGCUGGCAGCCUGCGGCCGGAACCACACGCUGGCGCUUACAGAGAGCGGCUCCGUGUUCGCCUUCGGGGAGAAUAAAAUGGGGCAGCUGGGGCUGGGGAACCAGACUGACGCCGUGCCCAGCCCUACGCAGAUCAUGUACAACGGGCAGCCCAUCACCAAACUGGCCUGCGGGGCCGAAUUCAGCAUGAUCAUGGAUUGCAAAGGCAACCUCUACUCCUUCGGGUGCCCCGAGUACGGGCAGCUGGGGCAUAAUUCGGACGGGAAGUUCAUCGCCCGGGCGCAGCGGAUAGAGUACGACUGCGAGCUGGUGCCGCGCCGCGUGGCCAUCUUCAUCGAGAAGACCAAGGACGGGCAGAUCCUGCCCGUCCCCAACGUGGUGGUGCGGGACGUGGCGUGCGGGGCCAACCACACGCUCGUCCUGGACUCGCAGAAGCGCGUUUUCUCCUGGGGGUUCGGGGGCUACGGGCGGCUGGGCCACGCCGAGCAGAAGGACGAGAUGGUGCCUCGGCUGGUGAAGCUCUUCGACUUCCCGGGGCGGGGGGCGGCGCAGAUCUACGCCGGCUACACGUGCUCCUUCGCCGUCAGCGAGACAGGCGGUUUGUUUUUUUGGGGUGCCACCAACACCUCGCGGGAGUCCACAAUGUACCCCAAAGCCGUGCAGGACCUCUGCGGCUGGAAAAUCCGCAGCCUGGCCUGUGGGAAGAGCAGCAUCAUCGUGGCAGCGGACGAGAGCACCAUCAGCUGGGGUCCCUCGCCCACCUUUGGGGAACUGGGCUACGGGGACCACAAGCCCAAAUCCUCAACGGCCGCCCAAGAGGUGAAGACGCUGGAUGGGAUCUACACGGAGCAGGUGGCCAUGGGCUACGCCCACUCCCUCCUCAUCGCCCGCGACGAGACCGACGCCGAGAAGGAGAAGCUGCGCAAGCUGCCCGAGUACAACCCCCGCACCAUCUGAGGGGUCCGUCCCCCCCCCGCCCCCGGGACCCGGCGUGUGUGUCCCCCCCACCCCCGAGCCCCCGCUUUCCCAAGCCAGCCGCGGUUCGAACGACCCGUUCUCCCAUUUCCGAAGCCUUUGGGUGGGGGGGGGGUUAUUCCCUGCCCCCCUCCCUCCACGGCUUUUUGAGGCCCCCGACCGUGGCGGGAUCUUUCGGCACAUCCAGGCUUAUUCUGGGGGGCGGGGUGGGGGGUGCUAUAUAUAUUUUUUUUUUAAUUAUUUUAAUUUUAUUUGUAUUUUUCUGCAUCGCUUUUUAUUUCCCCUUUUCCCAGCCACGAAUACUCCCGGCCGCUGGCUCGGGGUCAAACCGGGGACCUGAAGAGCAGCUGCAAAACGCCUCUUUUGGUUUUUUUCCCCCCAUUAUUCCAAUUUUUUGGCAUUUUCUUCCCAAAUCCCCCCCCCCAUUUUGCUCUCGUAUUUGUUUUUUUUGGGGGUGGGGGGUGCCCCGUCCCCCCCCGCAAGCAUCCCUUCCCCCGGAGGGAUUCAGGGAGAGGGCCGCCAUCCCGCAUCCCCCCCGCCCCCCCAGGGCCAGACCCGUCCCCGGCAUCGUUUUGGGGCGCCCCUCCCUGCUGUCGCAGCCCUCCCCCGCCCCCGGGGAGAU